AUGGAUUCGAAGGAAGUAAUCGUGUUGGUAAAGACCCUGGAGAAAAAUAAGAGUGAUGACGAUACCAUCUUAAGAAUCUUAAAACAAUUAGAUAGCGAUGUUGUACCUACUGAAAAACUUUUAAGAGAAACCAAAGUUGGUGUCGAAGUUAAUAAAUUCAAGAAGUCAUCGAAUGCUGAGAUCUCUAAAUUGGUCAAGAAGAUGAUCACAUCGUGGAAAGAUGCCAUCAACAAGAAUAAGUUGAAAUCCAAACAACAACAACAACAACAGCAGCAGCAGCAGCAACAACAACAACAACAGCAGCAGCAGCAGCAACAACAGCAGCAACAGCGAUUAGAAUCUCAUAGUAAUCAAACUAGCAACGAAACUUCAUCUUCUGCCGUUACUAAUAAUGUAGAGGCCAAGAAAGAAUCUAAAUUUGUCUCCACGAAACCAAGAAACUCAAAGAAUGAUGGUGUCAAUACAAUAGUCCAUGAAAAUAAAUUACGUGACUCCGUUAUAAGAGCAUUGUAUGACGCUCUAGCUAAAGAAAGUCAGCAUCCACCGAAUUCCAUUUUAAAACUUUCAAUAGAAAUUGAGGCCGAAAUGAACAAAUCAUAUGAUUCAAUAGCUAAUGAAAAACAAUAUAAAGAAAAGUAUAGAAUUAUUUAUUCAAAUCUUAUUUCGAAAAAUAAUUCAGAUUUAAAAUUCAAAAUUACAAAUGGUGAUAUUACUCCUGUUCAUUUAGUCAACUGUGAUCCAAAAGAGUUAGCACCAGAACCUCUAAGGAAGAAAAUAGAAGAAAUUAGAGAAAAAAAUUUAUUCAAUGCCCAAGGUGCUACCAUAGAAAGAUCUGUAACUGAUAGAUUCACCUGUGGUAAAUGUAAAGAAAAGAAAGUUUCUUACUAUCAAUUACAAACUAGGUCUGCAGAUGAACCUUUAACCACAUUUUGUACAUGUGAAGUAUGCGGUAACAGAUGGAAAUUUUCCUAA